GAGUCAACAGUGCAGUACCUGCACCUAUCCCGCAUUGCAUUGCGACCCUUACACAGUGAACUUUGACAAGGAAGGUUACGUUUUGUUUAUGGGAUUUUUUAUUUAUUUCUACAAUAUGUGAACCAUCUUCACCAGAAAAGAGUCAACAAACCUUGAAGCACCACACUGUCAAUCUAACAAGAUCCAUUACCAGGAAGAGGCAUGAAGGAACGUGAAUCUAUGAACAACUACACAAAAUCAGUUUCUCAACCAAAGGAGUGUAAGGGGGAGUUAGUCGGUGAGGUUGGAGGAGGCUUUGAUGUAUAUAACGUGGAAACGGCUUUACCCAAAAUCGAGUGGGAAACGGUGGAGGCGAAUUUGCGGGCGGCAAAUGAUGAAGAAAAACGGAAGCGGAAUGACCGAGAAGAAAUCCGACGGCGCUUGGCUAUGGGUGUUGAGGCUGAAGAUGGUCAAGAACCGGAUAAAAUAGGCAAGAAGCCUAGUUUGCAGUCCCGAUUGCAGAGCGGGAUGAAUCUCCAAAUUUGCUUCAUGAAUGAGACGGCUGACGGCUCAGAAAUUGAAAACCAAAGAGAGCUACUCGAUCAUUUGAAACUGGGCUCUCCCCAGAAUGACGUUAAAAAUCCAUACGUUAGCCUACCCAACGUAACGAGCUUAAAGCAACCAAAAUUACAACAAGAAUUAGCUGAAUUGGACUUCUUCUCUCAACAAGCCAAGCUCCAAAUGGAAGCACGUACCGCCCUUGCCCAAGCAAAAGAAUUAGCUCGCGUCCAGAUGCAAGUAGAACGCCAACAACGGAAACAUACUAGGAUCAGCGAUCUUGUCAGGCAGAGUCUAGAGAAGUUGGGCAUUCCAUUUCCAUGGGAUUGCCGCCGUCUAAGUCGUCAGAUAUUGACCGAGCUUAAUAUCGCUCAAUUACAAGUUAUUGUAAACGAUCUGCACACUCAAAUAGAAGGAUUGAACGAAGAACUCGUCCAGCUUUUGCUGAAACGAGAUGAUUGCCAUAUGGAACAAGAUUCUAUGUUAGUGGACAUUGAAGAUCUUACACGCUUUCUGACAGCAAAACAAACUGCCUUAGAUGCAUCUAGUCGGAUCGCAGGGCCUGUUUCCCUGCCAGUGCAUGCAGUCCAAAUGAAUUCGCCGUCCCCAUAAAACAUCGGACAUUUCGUUUCUCUGGUCGAUGUAUUUCGCUUUAUAAUGGCAAUCAAAACACCUCCCUUUUUAAUUCUCAUCCCACUUGAAUCUAAUAAUAAGCUUUGUCAUCAUCACUGCGUAUUUUCUCUUGCUUUUUAGUAUGUUUUUUUAUGGUAUUUGAUGUCUUUAGUAUUUCAAUCUCCCAGUGACGGCCAGUGAAAUACUUUGGACUACGUUUAGAAUUUUCUUUUGAUCAGUGUACAAAAAAUAGCUUUUCCACAAUUUUGCCGCAUUACAUAGCCUCAAUAAAGUUUCUGUCGAGGA